AUGGCGUCGCUAAUUGUUGACUUGCACAAACUCACAAAUGAUUACAUAAAACGAGCGAAAAACCGAGAUGUUGCCGGUAAAAUUUGCUCUGAAAUCAUUCUUCGGUCUAAAGAAGUAGUAAAGAAAUAUUUGUGGGAAGGGGAGGACGCUUGUAUGUUUUAUGUUGCUCCUUUGUACCCAAUUAUAUCGAGGGAAUUACUGCGAUGGAAUAUUAUGAUCAAGAGAAGAAUGAAAGCUAUAACAUCGUUAGCUCGUCCUUGGAAAAUAUGUUUUUCCAGAAACAUGGCUCAAGAAGUUUUUGAUUUGCUAAAGCUGACAAUUUUAAAGGGAAAUUUUGGUAACCUUGCAAGGAGCACACGGUGUGUCGAUAGUGUCGAAGUGACCCUUGCUACUGCUUGGAUAUUGCAUGUGAUAAACAAAAACAAUUCCACUGUACAAGAGGAGGAUAUUUUCUUUAAAC